UGACCUGACUAUUCUCAGAUAACACUCAACAUUCACAGAUGGGCAAGAUGGAUACAUUUUAUUUAAACACAACAAAAGUAUGUUUUCGUUUGUACCUAGGUUUUUUUUUUAUCUUAUCUCCAUCACGUGACUAUAGUAUCUACAUUAAAGUUAAAUGUAUAGAGAAUAGAGUGUAAACUGGUUACUGAUAUCAACUACAUAACUUCCGGGUUGUUCUUCAAAUGUUUAACAAAUAUGGCGUGUUGCUGGCUGGGGCCUUUUGUGAUCACCGUUCUAGGAGGACUUGUAUGUAGCUGUGAUGGCAUGGAUGUGAUAAUCAGCGGCUCACACGUAACAUGGGAACACGCUAAAACAAUGUCUGGAUGUAAACUUGCCGGAUUGGACAGGAACGGGGUUUUGAACAUUAACGAUAUCACUGUUUUAAAUCAGACAGGACCGGCAGAGGCUUGGAUCGUUGCACACGUGAAUCCGUCUCAGUGGAUCAAAAUUACGGGAUGUUUUAAGAAAAAAAGAAAUGUCUUCUCGAAACAUUUCCGUCUAAACAUAUCAAAUGAACUUAAUCCUGUGGAGACCUGCUUUAGUAAGUGCCUUUCGGAUGUGUUUGCUUUGACAAAGUCUGGAUGUUAUUGUUUAAAUAACACAACUUAUGAUAUGAGUGUUCCCUGUCCAGGACAUUUAUGUGGACAACGUAACAACAGUCUGUGUGGCAGCGACACAUGUUUGUGUCGAUAUAAACAAGUAAGCCCAGAUCCAGUUAUAGAUAACGAUGGUGAUUGUAUGACAGUUCGUAAAAAUAACAAUAGUUAUGACUUCAUUUCCCAGAAUUGUUCAUCUAAUCAUCAUUUCUUGUGUGGUGACAGAAAUCAAAAAGAAAUUAACGUAUAUUAUGGGGAUAAUAAUAAUGCCAAUUGGAACCGUGCUCUUUUCGUUUGUGAUCACAAUGGACAAGUGUUACUGGGAUUAAAUGAUCAUAGUGAUCAAAUACAUACCAGGGCAAUACAACUACAAAACAACACUUCAUAUUGGAUUGGUAUGUUCAGGUUUAAACGUUUCUAUUGGGGAUAUUCCAAUCUUGAUCAACACCAAUGUGUUGCUCUGCAUUACAACCCAGAUGAGGCGGUAUGGCGGUUACUGUUAAGAAACUGUAGUUCCCAUUUACCUGUGCUUUGUGAUAAUUACAAAGAGAAUAGACCUGCUUCCUCGGCCGUAUCAUUUACCUCAUCAUCGUCACGUUUGACAUCUGAUCUCAACACUGAAAGUUCCUUAUAUACAACAACGCAUGGCGGUGAUAUUUCAUAUGUUCCUAAUACCGAGAGAUCCAUACAUACAACGUCACAUAGCGGAAAUAUUACUGAUACAGACAGUUCGUCUGAUGUUCCACUUCCUCCUAUAAUCGGCGCUACAUCAGGAGUAAUACUCAUCGUACUCAUCACAUCGGUUGUAUGUGUGAUGAAACAUCAACGCAAGGGACGAGACGAAGAUUCUAAACAUAGAGAGUGUGACAGUUUGUCACCUAAUUAUAUAAAUGUUGAUAUUUAUCAUAAAAAUACAAUGUAUUCAGUUGCAUCCGGCUCUGACAACGACCAAACCGAAAUUCAUAAUGAUACCAGGGUAGACAACACGUGCAAUUCUUCCGCGAAUGUUGCAUUACAUUAUGAAUCCUUAAGGAAAGGCGAUCAGACCGAGAGUAAAUACGACACCAUCAAGGCAUGA